GCCCGUGAAGCAACCACCGGAAGUACCGACCCGGAGAGGUGGAGUCCGGGUGGCGGCGGCGGCGGUUGCCAGGAGCCCGCGUUGCCGCCUGAGCCCGUAAUAUGGCGGGGUGGAGGAGGAGAAGGCGGCGGCGAAUCGAGUGGCGCUCUGUCAGUACCGAUUGAGCCUUCUGGUUCCUGCCAACGCCCGUGGCAAGGGGAGAAAAGCGGACGAAGCCGUGGGGGAUCAGUGUGACUGUGGGAAGAUGGAGGAGUAUGAGAAGUUCUGUGAAAAAAGUCUUGCCAGAAUACAAGAAGCAUCACUAUCCACAGAAAGCUUUACACCUGCCCAGUCUGAAAGUGUCUCACUGAUUCGCUUUCAUGGAGUGGCUGUGCUUUCUCCACUGCUUAACAUUGAGAAGAAAAAAGAAAUGCAACAAGAAAAGCAGAAAGCACUUGAUGUAGAAGCAAGAAAGCAGGUUAAUAGGAAGAAAGCUUUACUGACUCGUGUCCAGGAGAUUCUUGAAAAUGUUCAGGUUAGAAAAGCACCUAAUGCCAGUGAUUUUGAUCAGUGGGAGACUGAAACAGUUUACUCGAAUUCAGAAGUCAGAAACUUGAAUGUUCCCGCUGCAUUUCCAAAUAGCUUUCCAAGCCAUACUGAGCACUCUAUUUUAGCAAAGCUUGAAAAGACAGCAGGAAUUUUGCCAUUGGAUAAUGAAGACCCAUGUAAAACUAAUGGGAUAGACUUAGCUAGAGAUUCAGAAGGAUUUAAUUCUCUGAAGCAGUGUGGUGCUUCAAAUAUUGAUCAUGCAGAAAAUGAAACUUUUCCAAAGACCUCCUCAGCAACCCCACAAGAGACUCUUACAUCUGAUGGUCUUUUCUCAACAAAUGAAGAAAAGCAUUCAUCACUUCUGGAAGAAGUCAUUCCAGACCCCUAUGUAAUGAGUCUUCAAAACCUGUUGAAAAAGUCAAAAGAAUAUAUAGAAAGAGAACCAUCAAAACGUAGUCUGCGAACUAGUGCAAAGAGGAUUGUUAAUGAGAAUCAUUCAGACAAAGAAAAUGAUGCUGUUAAAGGAACUGACUGUGUAAAGGAGAAGGCCCAGUUGAUAGGCAAACACUGUGUCUCAGUUAUUCCUGACAAACCAAGCCUUAAUAAAUCAAAUGUUCUUCUCCAAGGUGCUUCCACUCAAGCAAGCAGCACAAAUAUGCCAGUUUUAGCUAGCUUUUCUAAAGUGGGCAUACCUGUACGAACUGGCCAUCCCACUGUUCUAGACUCUGAUUCUGACUCUAAAGUUAUUCCCACUUUUGUUACUGAAAAUAAUGUUAUCAAAAGUCUUACAGGUUCAUAUGCCAAAUUACCUAGUCCAGAGCCAAGUAUGAGUCCUAAAAUGCAUCAAAGGCGUUCCAGGCCAUCAUCGGCAUGUCAUAUACUCAUAAAUAACCCAAUAAAUGCUUGUGAAUUAGGCCCUAAAGGAAAGGAACAAGCAGUGAGCUUACUAGUUCAAGAUACUGAUGAAAAAGCAAAUGAACCUGAAAUUGUGCCAAAGUUACCAACUGAUUUAGCAGGAAUUUGUUCAAGCAAGGUUUAUGUAAGCAAAAAUACAUCUGAUGUCAUAGAGGACAUGGUUUUAGGUAAAUCAAAUCAGGUAUGUCAAUCUUCAGGAAAUCAAUCAGAAAAUAAAGUUACUCAUGGAUUUGCUACUGUGGAAGGUCAGGUAACAUCUGAUGAGGGAGGAGCACACAAAAUGAACAGUACUUGUACUGCAAUGCCAAAAUUGCACGAACCAUAUGCUACCAGUCAGUGUAUAGCAAGUCAGAACUUUGGAACUUUGUGUGGACUCAAGCCGACCAGUGUGUUAGAGAAAAACUCCUGCAAUUUACAAACAGAACUGAAUAAGUCUUACGAUGUAAAAAACCCAUCUCCUUUACUGAUGCAAAACCAGAAUACCAGACAGCAGAUGGACACACCUAUGGUGUCCUGUGGAAAUGAACAAUUUUUGGAUAAUAGUUUUGAAAAAGUUAAACGGAGACUUGAUUUAGAUGUUGAUAGUUUGCAAAAAGAAAACUGCCCUUAUGUCAUAACAACUGGAAUAGCUGAACAAGAAAGGCAACAUUUGCCAGAAAAAAGAUACCCUAAGGGAUCUGUCUUCAUUAACAAGAAUAAAAUGUUAGAAACUAGUUCCAAAGAAAGCGAGGAGAUACUAAAAAGCAAGAUGUUUGCUUUUGAAGAAAUGCGGAAGAGACUAGAAGAGCAGCAUGCCCAGCAGUUAUCACUACUCAUAGCCGAGCAGGAAAGGGAACAGGAAAGAUUGCAAAAGGAAAUAGAAGAACAGGAGAAAAUGCUAAAAGAGAAGAAGGCGAUGACAGCAGAGGCCUCUGAACUGGACAUUAACAAUGUGGUGGAGCUGGAAUGGAGAAAAGUCAGUGACUCUGGUUUGCUGGAAACGAUGUUGUCUCAAGUGGAUUCACUCCAUACUGCAAAUUCCAAUAGUUCUGGUUUCACAAAUUCUGCCCUGCAGUAUAGCUUUGGUUCUGCAAAUGAAGCACCCUUCUACCUCUGGGGAUCAUCAACUAGUGGCUUGACCAAACUCUCAGUAACAAGGCCUUUUGGAAGGGCCAAGACUAGAUGGUCUCAGGUUUUUAGUCCAGAAGUACAAGAAAAAUUUAACAAAAUAACUGCAGUGGCAAAAGGAUUUCUUAUUCGUAGGCUGAUGCAGACAGAUAAGCUGAAGCAACUUCGACAAACUGUGAAAGAUACUAUGGAAUUUAUAAGAAGUUUUCAGUCAGAAGCACCAUUAAAGAGAGGCGUUGUUUCAGCACAAGAUGCUUCACUUCAGGAAAGAGUGUUAGCUCAGCUGAGAGCUGCCCUGUAUGGUAUUCAUGACAUAUUCUUUGUAAUGGAUGCAGCUGAAAGAAUGUCUAUUCUACAUCAUGAUCGAGAAGCUCGCAAAGAGAAAAUGCUCAGGCAAAUGGAUAAAAUGAGAAGCCCACGAGUGGCUCUUUCAGCUGCAACACAGAAGUCUCUGGAUAGGAAGAAAUACAUGAAAGCUGCUGAAAUGGGAAUGCCAAAUAAGAAAUUUCUGGUUAAACAAAAUCCUUCUGAAACAAGAGUCCUUCAGCCAAAUCAAGGACAGAAUGCACCUGUUCACAGGCUACUUAGUAGACAAGGAACCCCUAAGACAGCAGUGAAGGGGGUUGUGCAAAAUAGACAGAAGUCUUCACAGAGCAGAAUGCCUAGCAGAGCUCCUGUGUCAGGAGUAUAUGCAGGAAAAAUCCAAAGAAAGCGGCCAAAUGUUGCGACAAUUUAAGAAGACAACAUUCAUUGGGAUAAAAAUGGAGGGAGAAUUAUUAUCCAUGUUAUUUUCCCUGUUCAAGACUUUUUAUUUAAUCCUGAACUCUCGUUUAUUCAGUCAAAGUGAAAUCAAAAGGCUGAGCAAGAUAACUUAGUUAUUCUGCUAAUUUCUGCCCAACACCCCCAUUUUCCUCUUAAUAAUAAGUUUGGGUGAAGACAAAUUAGUGUUUAGGAAUUAUCUCAUCUCUGUGCUCAACCUGUACAAACAUAAGUUUGUUUUAUGUGCUCAGACAUCUCCAGAGACCCUUUUUGUAAACUUAAAGAACAUUUGGAUUUAUUUUUACAAAAUAUUGAAAGGGUGUGACAAAAUUAUAAAUAUGUUCUAAAACAUAAAUUUCAUUUAUCUAUGUAUACUGAUUGCUUAAUUUGAUAAAUGAAUUUGUACUAUUCAAAGGGAAAUUAUUGCAGAAGAAUGCUUUUCUGUGGUUAUAUAACUUUAAAAACUCGAUUUAGUCUCUCAAUGCUCACAUUCCUUGACUUACAGGUAUAACGUACAGGUGAUCACAUCCACCUAAAAUCUACCACAGAAGUAGCUGUGGGUAACCAUUUUGGUCAGAAGUAUACAUUCCUGUCUUACAGAAAUGUUGUCUUACAGAAAUGUUCAUUUUCAUGUGUGUUACCCUAGUACUGUUAGAAACAUUUGGACUAGAUUUUAAGAUCUCUCUGUGAAGGGUAACAUAUUUGGGGAAGACAGCACAGUCUUUUUGAAUGUAGCACUAAAGAUUGCAUUAUUACACCCAUUCUGUAAAAUAAGAGUAACAUGUUGCAUGCACCUAUAUUUUCUAUGUAGUCUAUAUAAUCUGUUUUUUCAUAGUCUGCUUUUUCUAGCAUGCUUGAUCUAGGAGAGAAUAAAGGGCUAUAUAAUAAUACAUUCGGAUUUCAAAUGGGAUAGUAGUAUUGCCUAGUUAAAAUUCUGCAUUGCUUAAAGGCACCAAUAUUUAAGUUUUUUCACCACUAACAUAUUCAUUAAAAGAAUCAACUAACAAAUGUUACCAAGAGAACAUGACUCUAUGAAAGAGAAUGUUACUGUUAAUUUAUCAUACCAUUUCCAAAAAGGGCUUUGUGCUUCUCAUGUAUAAUUGGGACUUGUGUAUACUUUAUCUUUCUAACCUGAAUUUUAAGAGAGAUUCUGGUAUUUUGAAAAUGUAGCCUAGAUAUAUUCUAAAUAUCCUUUUAAGAAUGUGGAGAGACUGUUUUCUCCAAUUUUCUGUUCCAUUCAAAAUUUAACUUUUACAUCCAACUGUAGACCGAAAAUAGCUAUCUACCCUGAGUGUAAGCUGGAUUUUCUUUAUUGAGAUAUAUCAUGUAUUGAAUGAGUGAAUCUGAAAAUUAGAAGACGGAGUUCCAAUUUUUUAAUUUAUAGGCAAAGUAAAUCACAUUAUUAUCUUCAUAUGAUAAACUGCUUUAUCAUUCUGAAAACUCAGGUUAUUAUUACUCAUAUCAUUGUGGGUCUCCCAGCAAGCAAGAAAGAUGAAGUCUUGUGUAUACUAAUGCAAAUUACCUGAAACAAAUACUAUGUUUUGGAGAAAAUUAAGACAAGUUUUAGAUUAAGGAUUAGCAACUCGAGUGUGUUUUUAAUUUAAUAAUAAAAGCGUGUGUGUUUUAAAUAUUUUUUAAUGUUCACAGCUUUUGCUCAUUCAAGUGCCAGGCACUGUUUUGUGCUUUUGAUGGAUUUUUAUUUAUAUACAUUAUUUUUAUCAUUAUUUUUACUUUGAGUGGAAUGUCCAUUAAUGUAAAUUUUAUUUAUUUUUAUACUUUAAUUUUCACUAGUUUUGCUUCUAGGCAAAAGGCAAAAUAAACUUUUCAUCUUAAAGGAAA